AUGCGGUUCGGAAAUGCGAGAAGUAUCCGUUCAGUUAAACGAUCUCUUAUAAUUUCACGUGAAAAUAAAAUGAACGCACAGAAUAUCGUCUCAACUUUGACUGAUUUAGUUUCUCGUGAAUUAUCCAAUAAAGAGCCGUCUCCAGUUACGUCACAGGAGCGGCAAAUGGCUGAAUAUCUUGCCGAUCCAGUAAAACUUAUGGUCAGCGGAUAG